AUGCAGGACCAAACCUCCGUCACAGCCGCCGUCUCCGACGUGGCGUUUUGCCCCAGCUUCAGUAGCUACACUUGCGACCGCCUCGCCAACGUCGCCGCGGCGGUGGCCACGGAAGCAGUGAAUUCAUCGGAGAACGAUGACGAAUUCGAGUUUGUCUCCUUCAGCUGCGAGGCUCCAGAUGCGAUCGAAUUAGGAGACCACCAGCGAUUGGUUUCCCCUGUUUUUUUCCCGGUGUUCAACCGAGAUCGAUUUGCCGGCGACGCUGAGGGACAGAGCAGCGAUGCUCCAGCAGCGGCCGAAACGAUACCGCGCCCGCUGAGCGAGUUGUUCAUGGACGAUCGAGAUCAGCACUCGUCGUUCUCCUCUUCCUCGUCGGAAGCGGACGAAUUAGAAGGCGCGCCGGAAGGGAGCUACUGCGUCUGGACGCCGAAAUUGAUUUCUCCCUCGUCGGUUACCGGAGCGUCGCCUUCGCCCGGUAGAUGCGAGAAGAGCAAUUCGACCGGAUCUUCGGCUUCGACGACGAAGCGGCGGUGGAGGCUGCGAGAUUUGCUGCGUAGAUCCAGCAGCGACGGGAAGGCGAUCUACUUGAUGGUCCAGCCAAACACCGCUGGCUCCAGCAGUAAUAAUAAUAGCAGCGGCAAUAAUGAAAUCAAUUUGGGGAAAAGGAGUGAGGAGAAAUCGGCAGCCGAUCGGAAGGCGAAACCGUCGCCGGCAAGAGCUGCGAAAACGGCGGCGUCGGCGCACGAGGUCUUCUAUACGAAGAGCAGAGCUUUGAAAGAUGGGGAUAGGCGGCGAUCGUAUUUGCCUUACCGUCAGGAGCUUCUCGUCGGAUUCUUCUCUAAUGUGAACGGUUUCAGCAGGACGUUGACUCCAUUUUAG